AUGGCUCAACUCUCACAGAGAUUGUCUGCGAUCACAAGCGAUCGUAGAAAGAUACAUCGUCGCCAUGUAUCUCAAAUUCAGUAUGCUGGGUGCAGAGUCUCAAGUAUGCAGCCAAUUGGCUUCAACGACCGUCCACCAGGAGGGCAUAUGGAGCAUGGAUGUGGGAGUGUGACUGCGAUGAGUACUAGUAUUUUGAGAGUCACACGAACAGCCAUACCUCUACAGUGUGAUGUUGGAAUGGAGUCAAGUGUCGUCGGCGAAUAUCAGAUGUUGCUUGGAUCAUUAGCCGGGCCUUGCAAGGGUGGAGGUACUUGA